GGCUCCUUUCUUUGUAAGCUAAAUUGGAAGAAGAUAGGUAAGUUUUCUUGAUCUCAGAUCAUUCUGGUUUCUUCUACUUCUGAUUUUCUUGUUUUCCUGUUGAAUAUUUAGCUUCAAUUGUUUAAUUUAUAGUGCGCAUCCUUAUUUGUGUGAAUAUAUGAAAUACUAUUCACUUGCUACAUCUCCUCGUCACUAAAUUGUUAAUUUUUAUUUUGUUUUUUGCUACAUCUCUCAGUGAGGGACCAUCAUACUAUUAAGAGUGGAAGUGUCACAUAACACGUGCAAUUUGUGUAAGGUAGUUAGCUGGCAGUUAGCUGUCACUUGGAUUCGUUAGUUAGACGGUUAGUGGGUUGACAAUAGUUAAUUAUAUUGAGCUUAGCUGUGUAAUUGUUAGUUAGUGAGUAGUAGCCAUCUUCUAUAUAAGCAUUGUAUUGUGUACAGACAGAUUAGAUGAAAAUGAGAAAGUGAAAAUUCUCUCAACCGACUCUCUCUAGAACAUUCGAUCCUCCAUUGUUGAACUCUCAAUUCAUCUCUUUUGCUUAAACUUUGACAUGGUAUCAGAGCAUACGGCCAUUUAUAUGGUCUCUUUGGGAAAUUGAAUUGCUGGAAACGUACUUCAUUGAAACUCAUUAAUAGCGGACAACAUCGAUAAUGAGUUGCCGAAAAAAUUGAGCCACAAUCACCUACUUUUUUUGCAAUCGACGGACAAUUCUGGAACUGUGUUGAUAUCCUUGCAAUUGACCGGAACAAAGAACUAUUCUGUCUGGAGUAGAGCGAUGCGAAUUGCGAUCCUAGGGCGUAACAAGCUAGGGUUCAUCAAUGGCAGUUGCAAGCGAGAAAAUUACGGUCCAAAUUUGGUUGAUCUGUGGGAGAGGUGCAAUGCAGUUGUAUUUUCGUGGAUUAUGAAUUGCGUAUCAACGGAGUUACUCAACGGAAUUGUGUAUUCCUCCAGUGCAUGUGCGGUCUGUAAGGAUAUGAAGGAAAGGUUUGACAAGGUUGAUGGUUCUCGCAUUUUCCAGUUGCACAAGGAGAUUGCUACUGUGAGUCACGGAACCAGCGCUAUUGCGACCUACUACUCAAAAAUUCGAUCACUUUGGGCGGAGUUUGACAGCUUAGCUCCAACUCCUGAGUGUGAUUGUGAGAAGUCUAGGGAUUUUGUUGCAUUCAUGAGGCGUCAAAAGCUUCUGCAAUUUCUGAUGAGAUUAAAUAAAACAUAAUGAACAAGCAAGGGGCCAGAUUUUGAUGAUGGACUCAAUUCCUUCAGUUAACAAGGCCUAUUCUAUGCUAAUUGAGAGGGAAAGUUAGAGGACUAUGUCUAAUAUUUCUGUUGCCACUGAAAACUUGGAAGUCACAACAUUAAUGACCACAAGAGGUGGCAAUGGAGGAAAUUUCAACACUCAGAGGUUCAAAAAGAAUUAUAAUGUCACAUGUAACUACUGUAAGAUGAAGGGGCACACUCGUGAAGGAUGCUUCAAGUUGAUUGGUUAUCCGAUUGACUUCAAAUAUAAGAAGAUGUUUGGGGGUAACAUGGCAAAAAAUGCCAUCGUUGAAGAACAUAAACUACAGGAGACUGGAGCAGACAAGAACAUAGCUGCUAAUAUACCAAAAUAAUACAUUGCACCACACUUCACCUCAGAACAGUACAAUCAGAUCCUGAAGUUGCUCAACAAGGAAACUUUACCUGAAACAUCAGCAAACAUGGCAGGUAGUGCAGGUAGUAUUAAUGCCUUUUUAGCAAAUAUCAAAGAAAAGGUUUGGAUAGUUGACAGUGGUGCAACAAAUCAUAUGGUCUCAGAUAUAAAUAUGUUGGAUAAGAAACAAGAAGUAAAUAAAAAUAAGACCAGGAAAGUUCAUUUACCUAAUGGAGGGGUUGCACAGGUAACACGUAGAAGAUCAUGCAGAUUGGGACAAGCAGGAACAAUAGAUAAUAUUCUGUACAUUUCUGACUUUAAGUACAAUUUGUUAUCUGUAGCAAAAAUCACAAGAGCAUUGAAUUGCUCAGUUUGCUUCUUCCCUAAUUUCUUUGUGUUCCAGGACCUCUGCAAUGGGGAGGUGAGAGCGAUUGGUAGGGAGGAUGAUGGCCUCUACAUACUACCUCAAACUAUUGGAGAAAGAGAGAAGAAUAACACAACUGGUUUGUCUAGUAGAAUAGAAAAAUUGGAUGUAAGAUUGUGGCACAAAACGCUUGGACAUGCCUCAACAGGAGCAAUAAAACAAACUUUUUCAUUAGGAUAUGAUGAUUGUAAGAAAGAAUUAGAGGAUUGUUCUAUAUGUCCAUUAGCUAGGCAUGAUAGACUGCCAUUUAGCUCUAGUACUAGUAGAGCAGAAGUAAUUUUUAUUUGAUACAUAUUGAUGUAUGGGGACCAUAUGGUGUACGAACAUAUGAUAGAAAUAAACUCUUUGUUACUAUUCUA